AUGGCAACAGAAGUUGACAAAGAGUUAUCUAAUGAGGUUCAUCCUACAUUAACAACAAGCCAUUUUACUGAUGAAGACGCAAGUUCCGAUACAAGUGAUAGUCCCAAAGAAGAUUCUUACGACUACGUGUCAAAUUACGAAGGUCCCGAAGAUUUAGAUAGUCAUAUUGACAGUAUUGUAACUGAACAAAAGACACCACCAAGUCUCUCAUCUCAGACGAAAACAAAUGGUGAGUUUCCCGAAUCUGCCGAAGAAGGAAACGGACCUUCUUCCGAGUCUUCUUCUAACUAUGGAGAUGACACUUUUGAAGAAAUGAGCGAAAAGCCCCUUCACGAUAGUAAUAGUCGUACUUCAAGCACAGAUUCAUUUAACACCGAUGGUUCAAGCAAAGAUCAGAGCAAUAUUUCAGAUCACACAAGUGAUACCUCGUAUGACGAAAAAGACGCGGAGAAUGAUUUAGAUGAUUCCGAACAAAAUACGGAAAAAGGCAAUAAAAAUUAUUCAAACGAGUCUACAAGUCAAUCCGUAAUAAACGUUGUGAAAAAACCUACUGAAAUAUCAUCAGAGAGCUUGGCAAAAGAUGAAGAGAAUGCCGUCUCGGGUGAUAAGGGUGAUAUAGAGUCGGUAAAUAGCAAAACACCAAAAUCAUUUAGUUUUUCUUCGAUUCAUCACUCAAUUGACAUGACAAAUGGGAGGGAAAUUCAAUGUGAAAUAGUUGAAGACAAGGAUAGUAACAACCGUAUGUCAGUCGCUACUCUUGCGGAAAAUCCAGAGUUAAACGAUAUAUCGUUGGAUGAUGAAUCUCUUCGCGUUGAGGAACCACAAAAGGAAUGGAGUUUUAAUGAUUGGUCAUUUCCUAAAACACCCACUUCUCUGAAAUCACUUUCAACCCUCUUUACUUCACGUUCUGCGACAUCACCUACACCCUCUAAAAACGAUGAUCGUCGUUUGUCUAGCGUGUCAAUGAUGUCGACUGGAUCUAAUUGUGAUUUAUUAUUGGCAAGACUUGAUAGGGAAAAUCAAAUGCUGCAGGAGGACCCUAAAGCAAAAAGAAUAUCGCUCCAAGGAAUUGCCGAAAUAAAGGCUAGUUUUGAACGUGCGCAAAAUGAAGCUUCUGGAAAUACGAAUGAGGAAGACAUUGACUGGGAUUUCUGGGGACAACUUAUUUCUGACUAUGAAACAGUUGCUAGGACACAAUCCAAACAAUUAUCCAAGAUGAUUCAAAAAGGGAUUCCACAAACAUUACGCGGUAUGAUAUGGCAGCUAAUGUCUAGGUCUAAGGAUAGUGAACUGGAGUUGACAUACGCGCAAUUGUUAAAUGAAACCAGUUCUCAUGAGAAAAUGAUUACAAGAGAUUUGAAACGCACAUUUCCAAAGCACGAAUAUUUUCAAAAUAAAGGUGGACAAGAAGGUUUGUUUAAUGUUGUCAAAGCAUACUCCAUUUACGAUAAAGAAGUUGGAUAUUGUCAAGGAAUAUCAUUUGUUGUAGGGCCAUUACUUUUGAAUAUGCCUGACGAGGAAGCAUUUUGCGUACUCGUUAGACUUAUGAAAUUUUAUAAUAUACGGGGACACUUUUUGCCUGGAAUGGAUGGUCUUCAAUUGAGAUUGUAUCAAUUUGAUCGUCUGGUUGAGGAAAUGCUUCCCAAGGUGCACCAACAUCUUCGAACGCAAGGAAUAAAUUCAUCAAUGUACGCAUCACAAUGGUUCAUGACUUUAUUUGCUUAUAAAUUCCCACUGUCUUUGGUUUACCGAAUAUAUGAUACCAUCUUUACGGAGGGAAUUGAAUCGAUCUUUCGGUUCAGCAUUGCAUUAUUGAAGAAGAAUGAAAAAAAAUUGGUAGAGAUGGAAUUUGAAAGGCUCUUGGAAUAUUUAAAAAGUGGAUUGUUUGAGAGUUACCAGAUUACACCCACCGGUGUUUUGGCUCAAUUGGUCCCUGAAGUUCAAUACAAAUCUAAUGAAUUUGUCAUGGACGCAUACAAUAUAAGGAUUACCACCAAGAAGCUCAAUAAAUAUCAGCAGGAAUAUUAUGCCAACCGAGAAGCGGAAAAGAAACGUUUGAUGUCGGAGGCUGAAGCAAUGGAAAGACUAAAAGCGAAUAACCAACACUUAAUUAAUCAAGUUAGGGGUCUGGAAGGGAGUUUGCAGCAACUUGAUCGAGAACAUGUUGAGCUGGCUAACGAGCUUGUAAAUACUAAGGUUGAACUUGCUCGACUCAAGGAUGAAAACGACGAACUACAUUCCACGGUUGCAAAUUUACGUAAGAACUUGGAAAAUCAGUUGAAAGAAGAAAUGGAUUCAUUGGCAAAAAAAAACGUGAAGUUAGUAGAAAUUAAUAACAAGCUGGAAGAUCAAGUUGCAAAUUUGGAAAAUAUGCUGAUUGAAAGUAAAAUGAGAUAUGCCGAAAGCGAAAAUGAAAGAGAGGUAUUAAAACGUAAAUGGAAUGACUUGAAAAAGGCAAUAGGCUAA